CAGACCUCCAUCAUGUCCGACGACGUGCAGCACCAGCAGACCUUCGACACGGCUUCGGCCGGUGCGUCGCUCACCUUCCCGAUGCAGUGCUCGGCCCUUCGCAAGAACGGCCACGUCGUCAUCAAGGGCCGCCCCUGCAAGAUCAUCGACAUGUCGACCUCGAAGACCGGCAAGCACGGUCACGCCAAGGUUCACCUGAUCGCCACCGACAUCUUCACCCAGAAGAAGUACGAGGACCUGUCGCCGUCGACGCACAACAUGGACGUCCCCCACGUCGUCCGCAACGAGUACCAGCUCGUCAACAUCGACGAGGGCUUCCUCAACCUCCUCACCCAGGACGGCGGCGAGAAGAACGACGUCAAGGUCCCCGAGGACAAGGUCGGCGACGAGAUCCAGAAGGCGUUCGACGACGGCGAGGACAUCAUCGUCACCAUCACGUCGGCCAUGGGCGAGGAGCACUGCCUCGGCUGGAAGCCCGCCCCCAAGUCGUAAACGGCGCCCGUUGCACCUCGUCCUCUUCACUGAGUCCCCGAGUCGCUGUCGGUCCCCUGUUUCGCGCACCCCUUUUCCCUGUUUCUGUUUCCCCCCGGCGAGUCGAGUCGAAGGGUGGGGGCGGUGUCGGUUGUCGAUGGGCGGUCCUGGGUCGGGUUCGGGCGAGUCGGCGGCGCGUCUCUAGCGACCGUCACUCCCCCCCUCCCUCGCUCUCUCUCGUCCUCCUCAAUCGACCACCUCUCUCGUCUCUCUCGUCCGCCUCCCCUUCUUUCUCUCCCUUUCCCCCUCUCUCUCCCCCCGCACCUCGCAUACCUCCCCCUUACCUACCUACCUACCUUCACACACGCCCCUCACCUCAGUUUGUCCUUGUUCGAUGGGUCGUCGGGCGGCGGUGGCGGCGCACGAUGGGAGAGUUGUUGACAACGAACAACCGUAGAAAGACCUGACGUG